UAUCGGUGCAGCAGAAAUUUUUAAAACCUAAACAUUUUUGACAAAUGGUGUUCAAUUCUCUGAAGUAGGAGAUGUUGGAAGUAAAGGAGCACCCAAUGGACAACUGCCAGUUAUUUGUGCAGCUGCGCAACAUGUUCGAGGCCUACAAUAGGCAGACCAAACGCCUCGCAACAUUCCUCUAUUGGAGCGGCAAUGAGGAGCGCAUCGAAGAAUUAUGUACAAAAGUUGUCCAACUGCUUGUGGAGCACGAACUGGUGACCCAGAAGCCUCAUCCCAAGCGCCCGGAUGAGCUGGAGACACUGCCGACAGGCCCCGAGGCCAUAUCGCACUUGCGCGGUGUCCUCAUCCUUUUGCUGGUCAACACGGAGGCCACUACCUGCUCUAGUCAGUCGCCGUGGAGCCUGCAAUGUCAGCAUUUGUGCCAGCAGUUUCCGCAACUUACACAGUUCCUCACCGUGGCCAUUGCCAUGAGCUGCGGUCUCCAGCAGCCGCUGUUGGAGUUUCUUGAGUGCGGCCCCAGCUGGGCCACCGUCCAAUAUUUCGGUACCCUCAACGACGCUCUGAGCCAUGUCUCUCCAGAUCGGAUGGACGCCUUAACAUGGAUCUCAGGCACUUUAAAGGCCGCCGGUCGUGCCGGUAUCGCUGAUAUGAAUGAUAUACCGGUUCGCGAGAUGGGCAGGAUGCUGCAGCGUCACUUGCUUGACUCUAACGAACGCCUCAAGGAGCUGCGUCCAACGCCACGCAAAGUAUACCUGGCUAAGGCCAUGGUGAUGCUCUUAGAAGUUAUCCUAGAGGUUUUGGAGCCUCCAGGGACACCGGUUUCCUUCAACACCUUCAAUAGCCUAAGUCCGGAAACUGAUCAACAGGCACGUCAUUCAGAUCCUAAGAGCGUUGCAAAGCCCUAUGUCAAAAUCCUAAUGGAUGCCUUGCAACGCAUCGUGGAGAAAGUGUCGGUGGAUAUAUUCAUGUAUUGGAUGGAGAUCUCAUCGCCUUGGACACUCUACAACUACCAGGCCCUCAUCUGCCACCAGUCAGCGGCAGUGCUCAAGGCUGUGAAACCUUACGAAGAACUCAGCAAGCACGAGGUUUGCACGCAGCUGCUCACCUUUGCCCAGUCGGCCUUAACCUUUGAGGACAUCCUGUCGGGCAUGAGCAUGGGUGAGCUGUUGUCCUUCCUCGAUGGCGAUUCGGGACCCGUCACCAAAGAGCAGUUACAGCUGGGUCUUGAGUGUCUGCUUAAACGCCCGAUCGCCCUGGGCAAUGAUGAAUGCCUGGAGACAAUGGCGAAGCAUAUUGGGCUGCUCGGCCUGAAGCAUGCUAAGCUUAUACUGAAGCAUUUGCAUGACGUCGAGGAGGCCAGAAAGGCCAUGCCGGACAUAAAGAUGGAGAAAAUGGAGGAGGAUGAGGAUGAAAUAAGCGAUGAGGAGGAGCAGGAUGAAUAUGCGGACCUUUUGCUCACAAUUCUGCUACCCAUAUUCACGCAGUGCAAUCUGCAGGACAAGAUCCUUUUGCUUCAGUUUCGCGACGAGUUUGGCAUUACCAAGGCCUUCUCCUUCGCCGCGCCCAAUCUCCAGGAGCGUCGCAUCAGCUUCUUCAACAACCUCAAUGGCAGCAGCGCGGCCGUGGUGCACCAGUUUCUGAUAUUCUGCUUUGAGGACCCCGAGGAAUCCUGGCUGGCACUGGCCAAGUUGGCCAUGGCGCAUUCCCGUUUCUCUUCCUACUUUUGGCGAAUGGCCAAGCACUGUGCCGCGCACUCGGUCCACCAGAUGGCUCAUUUAGCCAACCAGAUGCUAACCGAUGAUGACGCCUUGCUUAAGGGUAACGCUUCGACCUUUCUAUACUCCCUAUACAUCCAUCCGUUGGUCCUGAACGGACUGAUCAAACUGCGAUCGAAUGCUUAUCGCGUAAGGCUGUGUGAUGACAUUCUGCCCUAUAACUUGGAGCAGCUCAGGGCUGCUCAAUCGAACUUUCUCCAGGCCUGUGCCGAUGGUCUUAACGAGUUUUCUGCGAACCUGAACUAUGUCAUACUUCGGCGCAUCCUGCAGCUGCUCAAGCAGCUGGAAGCAGUUGAGCACGAGAUCCAGGCCUGUGGUCGUCAACAGCUAUUGCAGAUGCGCAGAGAGGGCAAGGACGACCCCAAUGCCGAGGAAGCUGUGGUCCAGGCCAUGCACUAUGUCGAUAUGCACCAGCAUCUGCCCAAGUGGCGCCAAGCUCACAUUCCGCUAAUGACACAACUGUUGUUAACCAUCGAUUCCCUGCGUUGGAAUCUAACCAAUUUCGAUUGGGAGCGCGUGGAUCUUCUCGGCGAGGCAGUAAGCUACUGGCGGGAGAAUACCAAUAAUUUGAUGUUUCUGGAUACGGAGUUUCGCCAGAAGUUUGAUGCCUGUACCUCUUGCUUGCAACACCAGGAUUUCCUCACCGCAGAACUGCCACCGCCCGAGGAUCCCAACUACCAACGCAAAUUUAUACGCUGGGUGACGCAAGCCAGCGCCCAAGAGGCCACCAUACUCUUUCGCCAAAGCAUUGAAUCUCGUACCGACUGCAUCCUCUUCUUUGAUCUCGCCAAGUCUGUGGAACAUGCAGACUCCUACACCGCCAAUGAGGCAUACAUAUUCCUCUUUGGCUGCCACGUGGACGCCUGCAUUGGGUACACACGUAGACGCAGGAGGAGUCCCAUGAAGCGUGAGUUGGCCCAGCGGCUGGCAUUGAUUGUAGGCGGUUCGCCGGAGGAUACAGUGUCGGAAGUGAAGAAGAAGAUGGACCUGUUUAUUGACAGCAUCAAGACCAAGUCUGGAUAAAGCAUUUUCAACAUUAUCUUGUAAUACUUCAUAUCCU